AGCUGCUUCUUAGACCAUCAUACAGCCUACAUCUCACUACAUGCAUUAUAAACACCGUGCUUAUUGAAAAAACUGAAAUUCUGCAACUGGUCUAUCUGGUGUAUCUCGGUUUCGACCCGUUCACCGAAAUGAAGUUCGUCAGGUUCGUCAUGAAGAAUGCUGCUUUGGCCAGUGCGCCUCGUCACAUUGAACACUUCUCCAAAUUUUCACCUUCCCCACUUUCUAUGAAACAGUUUCUGGACUUUGGUUCCACCAACGCAUGUGAAAAAACGUCUUUUGUUUUCCUGAGACAAGAGCUGCCAGUGCGUCUGUCAAACAUCAUGAAAGAGAUUAAUUUGCUCCCCAAAAGAUUACUUACCACACCUUCUGUACAAAUGGUUCAAAGCUGGUAUAUACAGAGUUUGAUGGAGAUCUUGGAAUUCUUGGAGAAAAGUCCAGAUGACCAAAGUGUAUUGGAGGAGUUUGUAAGUGCUCUGGUCAACAUCCGAAACAGGCACAAUGAUGUUGUACCCACUAUGGCCCAGGGUGUGAUUGAAUAUAAAGAAGUAUUUGGUCAAGAUCCAGUCACCAAUCAGAAUAUUCAGUAUUUUCUGGACCGUUUCUACCUGAGCCGGAUAUCAAUCAGAAUGCUCAUCAACCAGCACACUCUUGUUUUUGAUGGUGCCACAAAUCCAGUUCACCCCAAUACCAUUGGCAGUAUAGACCCUCAUUGCCAGGUGACAGAAGUUGUUAAAGAUGCAUAUGAAAGUGCCAGGAUGCUGUGUGAUCAGUACUACCUUAGCUCACCUGACCUGGUGCUUCAGGAACUCAACACUGAUAACAGGAACCAGCCUAUUAGCAUAGUUUACGUGCCUUCCCAUCUGUACCAUAUGCUAUUUGAACUGUUCAAGAAUGCAAUGAGGGCAACCAUUGAGAACCAUGAUGAUGGCAGUAAUCUUCCACCCAUUCAAGUUAUGGUGGCCAUAGGAGGAGAGGACCUCACUAUCAAGAUGAGUGACCGAGGUGGUGGAGUUCCCUUCAGGAAGAUUGAGAAUCUCUUCAGUUACAUGUACUCCACAGCACCAAAACCCCAGAUGGAUGAUAAACAUAGGGCUCCCCUGGCCGGGUUUGGUUAUGGGUUGCCCAUUUCUCGACUCUAUGCCAAGUACUUCCAGGGUGAUCUUCAGUUGUACUCUAUGGAGGGCCAUGGCACUGAUGCAGUCAUUCACCUGAAGGCUUUAUCCACUGACUCAGUCGAGAGACUCCCAGUGUUUAAUAAGACCGCUCGACGGAACUAUGAAUUCACGCAAGGGGCAGAUGACUGGUGUGUCCCCAGUCGAGAGCCUCUGGAUCUGGCCGUUUUCAGACUGGCUAAGUGAAAAGAAGCAUGUAGCCUCCAGGAAGGAUAAAGGACAAUUCUAUAACUGACUGAGAUGAGUGAAUGGCGAUGGCAAUAGUGUCCACAUGGCCGAGUCCCAGCUCACCACUCACUCUGAAGCCACGUAGUCUCUCACCAAUACCGUAGAUGUUGCAUGUAAUUGGUUUCCUCUGCACCAUGUCUAUAUAAUUAGAUUUUUUUAAGGUUUGAGAAAUAGGCUUUGUCACAGUGUUACCUUAAACAAUACUAACUCAUAUGAAGUGGAACAGAGUGCCAAGUUAAUCUGCUUUGAACGGCUCUUCCUUUAUUUGAAGACUGUUAAGUGGAAGUUCCAGUGUGAAGUGAGCCAGACGGAGGUCAUGCUCACUGCAUUAGAAAAAAUGGCCAGCUAGAUUAGUGGAACCAACAUGUAACAACAGGCUUGUGCCAGCCCAGGAACACAUGAAUUCAGAGAUAAAGGGCCAAGACCGGGUGAUAAAAAACCAAUAUGAAACCUGUGGUGGAUCAUUUAUGUAAAAGUCUACUAGAAGAGCAUGUUGCACUGCAUUCAAUCAAGAAACUCUUGUAAUUAAAUUACUGAUUGCUGCUUUAGGAGUAUUUGGAGGAGGAGAUAAUUGGAGGCCAUAAUUGGAACUGUAUUAGUGUAUGGCCAAAUAUGUCAGGGUGAUUCCUGGUGUGUAAGAAUUUAAGAAAGAACCAGUUAGAACUAGAAUUUACAAAUAAUCUCAUUGAUUUAAACUUGAAAGACUUACAACUUAUGCACCAAACACAGUGUUUUGUGCAUGUUUAUUCUUAAACGUGCUGAAGGAUUUUAGAUACCUCAUUGACUGAAGUUAGUUUCUCGAUGUCAACUCGACGACCUUUGCUCAGCUGUUGCCUUUUCAGUCUUGUGGGCCUGUGGCCACUAGUUCUCUGCGAAUAUUAUAUAGCAUGAAAUCAGAGCAUGGAAUCUUAUUUUAAGCCUUCUCCUUUGAGAGCAUGCCUACUGUAUUAAAUCAACCAUCUGCUUUGAACUUGUACCAUACAACCUUACAUGUAAGGACCAUAUUCAAUGUAUUAUAUUUUUGUUUUUGUUGUGUUAUCCUUGAAAAAACUUUAUUUUUGUAAUACAUUUUUCAUCUUAAGCAGUUGAUGUGUAUAGAAUGGAAAUAAACAAUUUUUGUGGACAUUUUA